UUCUAUACCUAUAUAAUCCUUCGGUACGACUGUAUAGUAGAAUCACAGUACACAUAGCCACCUCUCUGACGGGCGCUUUUUGUCCAGGACAUCAGUCUCUCGUGUGACCAGUGCGAUUGGUGAAUCAAUAAACAAAAAGUAAAAAAUUAGCGUCAUGAGUGAUUCGGACUUAAAUCUUGUUGAUCCGUCAGCGCGAUCGGAUGAAGAUUUCGACGAAUCUAACACUUUGACGAUGAUAGACGUGUUGAAGGAAGAAAAAGAAUUGGAGGAAGAUUGUAAUGCUGUUCUUGGGGCAUCAGAUGAUCAGAACUGCACUUAUAAUAAGGGAUACAUUCGACAAGCAUUAUAUGCUUGUAAAACGUGCACCAAAUCGAGAGCAGCUAUUUGCCUAGCUUGUUCAUUGCAUUGUCAUGAAGGACAUGAACUCAUAGAACUUUAUACCAAACGGCUUGUUAAAUGUGAUUGUGGUAAUCCAUUAUUUGGUGAUAAAAAAUGCAAAUUAGAUAUUUUUAGAAAAGAGUUGAAUGCAGAAAACAAGUACAAUCACAAUUAUGAAGGUCUUUAUUGUAUAUGUAAAAGGCCUUAUCCAGAUGAAGCUGAUCCAAAUCCUGAUGAUAUGAUACAAUGCUGUAUUUGUGAAGAUUGGUAUCACUCAAAACAUUUGGGUUUAAAAACAAUACCAGAAGGUGAUGAUUACAGUGAAAUGACUUGUGCAAGUUGUAUGAAAAGUCAUGAUUUUCUAUGGAAAUAUGCUUCAAUUUUAUCAGUAUUAAAGAAAAAAGAAACUGAAACAAAAGUAGAUGAACACAUUGAUGUUGAAGAAAUAAAGACUGAGUGCUCUUUGCCCAAAGAAGAACCUUCUUCAAAAGAAGGAAGUUGCUUUUGGGUAGGAGGUUGGAGACAUAAAUUAUGCAAAUGUUUAAAUUGUAAAAAGUUGUACAACGAUGAGGGUGUAUCUUAUUUGAUCGAUCCACUUGACAGCGUUGAAUCUUAUGAAGAAGCUGGAAAAGCUAAAUUGAAAGAGUCUCAGUAUGAAAAAGGAAUGAAAGCACUUUCUUCAUUGAAUCAUGUUCAACAGGUGAAUGCUAUCGAAGGAUUCAAUGAAAUGAAAGAUAGCUUGAAGCAGUAUCUGAAAAAAUUUGCCGAAACUAAAAAAGUUGUGCGAGAAGAGGAUAUCAAAGAAUUCUUUUCAGAAAUGAUCGCGCAAAAGCGUCGCAAAACGGAAGUUUCAACUUUCUAUCAAUAAUUUGGAAAAUUGUGUACAUAUUUUUUUCUUUACUUUUCAAGUAUUUUAUUUUCAAAAUUUAUAACAUACUGCUUAUAAUGCAUCUAUUUUCAUAAUCAAUGAUUCAUAAAUUUGAAAAAUGUUCUCACUAUCACGAACCUUAUUAUUAGUAUAAAUAACAUAGUUUCCAAAAUAUUACAUAGAUCAUUAAGGUUAUGAUAAAAAUAAUUUCUUCACAUAGUAUUACUAGAAAUCAUUUUGAGAAAAAUUUAUAGAUUGAUCUUGAAAUUUAUUUUGUACGAAUUUUAAUUUGUUUAAAUCUCAUUUGUGUAAAACAAAAGAAAAGUGGUGUUGAAAUAAAUACCUUGAAAUUUUACAAAA